GAAGCCGCGCCGUGGCAUGGGUGAAGGGCUACCAUGGGUGAAAGGGUGCAGCGCGUUGUUUCUUGUCGCACUCUUGUCCACGCACCCCGGGGUGGUACAGGCUCGGUAUUGAGCCAGCAGCGAGAAGGAAAACGCGAUGGGCCCGGCCUGUCUCAGGCUUGGUUGCAUGCACCCCCUGAUAUACAGGACGGAAGGGAAGAAGAAAAGAAAGCAGGAGGCUGCGAAGGAAGCAUGUGCACACGCUGCGGUGCAGUGGAUGCAGAGCAGGCCAGGCUGGCCGGUUGGGGACUAGCGGGAGUGCUAUGGGCGGCUCCCUGCAGCAUGCUUCGCUCGAGCACAGCGGGGUUUCAGAAGCAGUCCAGCUUGGAACAAAGUCUUUGCUGCCGUCGAACUCAAUCCGUGCGCCCAACGCGCUCUGGCUGCACUGGGCUGAGCCUGGGCUGGGCCUGCUCCCUCGUGCUGUAUGGGUGCCAGUGCCAGUGCCUGUGCCUGUGUGAGCGUGAGCGCGAGCGUGAGCGUCGUGGUGCGUGGGCAAGGUGCCAAUUCCAUUUCUCAGCACACCCUCCCACGCCCGUCAUCCACACACCCUCGUCCAAUGGCAGCCGUCCGCCCAAGAGGCCCCCGACUCGCCAGCAAAUUGACUGCCCGCACCAGCGACAGCAGACAGCAGACAGCAGACCACGCGCACACUCGCCCGUCUGCUUGCGUCCGUCAGUGGCUGAAGCUCUCGUUGAUAACGGCCAGGAAGCCGCUGGGCAGCCGCCAAUCACCGUCACCCAUGGCUCUCUCAGCCGCCUACACGGCGGGCACGCCGACCAGGAUGCCCACCGGUCCAAGCACUUCUCAAACUUGAGCGGACGCAGCCUCGAGGACCCUCGGCCUGCUGAUGGAGGCGAUCGUGGAGACCAAGCGCCUCUCGCUUCUGCAGGAACCGUGCUAGCUCUCCAAGAAGAGGCGUCCAUGUCGGCCGCUCUGUCCAAGGCGCCUAUGCUAUGGCGCCGAAUGGGCGUCGACCUUGCGACGCUCCAAAUCUCUUCUGCUGCUCUUCUACCCCCCCAGCUGUUCCUUCUGACUGACAUUCGUCUCAUGCUGCGCUGGACGCCCAGCUGCUGA